AUGUCACAUUUCACCGCGCAGGCAAUACCGUGCGAUUGGAGCGUGUCAAUUUUUAACAACAAAGUUUUAGAACGCGACACUCAGGAUUGCGCGAAAAUACGCGCGAUUGGAACGGAGCGCUCCAGUCGCUCACGAUUGAGCGUAAGUGUAAAGGUACCUAUUGGCGUUACCUGUUCCGACUGUCAGCGUAGCUUCAGAGGCCGGCAAUGCUACGACAAUCAUAUGAGCCAAGGAUCAAUUGGAAAGAGCUCGGUUUGCGAGCAGAUUCGCCGUUGCCCCGACUGCCUCAAGGUGAUAUGCAACGUCCACGUCCCCGCAGACCACCUGUGUUAUAUGCAGCCCAACACAGGGAAGCCUAAAACCGACGGCCUUCUCUUUGUCUUCUACGACUUGGAGACCCGACAAGAGAAGGCGCAAGAAGAUGGUUCCCUCCUGCAUGAACCAAAUCUCUGUGUAUUCAAGCAAUGCUGCGAUACAUGCCUCAACACGCCGCAGAAAAUCUGUAGUAAAUGCGGGGUUAGACUGCAGAUUUUAAGGUGCAACGACCCCAUUUCACCAUUCCUUCACCACCUCAUAACCAUGAGGAAAAAAUUCAAGCAGGUGGUGGUUAUGGCCCACAACGGGCAGGCCUUCGACCACCAGUUCUGCCUCAACUACAUCCUGACGCAGACGGACCUCACCCCCGAACUCAUCAUGCGCGGCAUGAAAAUAAUUUCCAUGGUCGUGGGGAACGUAAAAUUCCUGGACAGUCUAAAUUAUUUCCCCAUGGCGCUGUCCAAGUUGCCCAAAGCUUUCGGCUUGGGUGAUAAUUUCAAGAAAGGCUAUUUCCCCCACCUUUUCAACACUGCUGCCAACCAAAAUUACGUGGGUCCCCUACCAGCCGCCGAAUACUAUGACCCUGAUAAUAUGAAACCGGAAGAUCGCUCCAAGUUUCUCGAGUGGCACGAGGAACAUAAAAACGACGAGUUUAACAUGCAGAGGGAUCUCGUCGAAUAUAUUUUCCGACAGCAGCUGUUGGAAACGGGAAACGUCUGCCCGUACACGGAAGCCUGUACCAUAGCCUCUGCCUGCAAUAAGGUGUAUAGGCGCAAUUUCCUACAGCCAAACACCAUUGGUAUCAUCCCCAAAGGCGGCUACAGAUGGCGUGACAAUCAAAGCAAGAUAGACAUCCAGUGGUUGGUAUGGGAGGAACACACCAGGGGCCUCAACAUUUCUCAUGCUGCCAAAGAGAAAGAAGCACGAGUCGCAGGGGUCAAAGUUGAUGGCUACAACCCUGAAACCAAACAGGUGUUUGAGUUUCACGGGUGUUACUUCCAUGGUUGCCCCAACUGCUUUAAAUAUAAUAGAGACGAGCCCCUACACGAAGACCCAUCCCAGACAUUAAACACCCGACACGAAACCACCCUUGCAAAGAUACAAAGACUUCGAGACCUUGGUUACGAGGUCGUUGAGAUGUGGGAGUUUACGCUGACACCGCUAAACCCCAGAGACGCAUUUUACGGAGGACGUACAGGUAAUACUUUCGAGUAUUACAAGUGCGGCCCAGGGGAGAAAAUCAAAUACGUCGACGUCUGCUCCCUUUACCCCUGGGUCUGCAAAUACGGCAAGUUCCCCGUAGGACACCCCAAGGUGUAUGUGGGUGAGGAAUGCCCUACAGAUCUUCGCAAUGUAAACGGGGUUGUUAAAUGCAAGAUCCUCCCGCCCCAGAAUCUCUACCACCCUGUGCUCCCAGCCAAGAUGAACAACAAGCUCAUGUUUGUUCUCUGUCGCACCUGCGGAGAACAAAUGAAUAAAGGCGAGUGCCAGCAUAGCGACGAAGAGCGAGCUCUUACAGGUGUAUGGGUGGUAGAUGAAGUUCGAAAGGCCGUUGAAAAAGGGUAUCGUCUGCUGAAGAUCUACGAGAUCUGGAGCUACGACGUUCAGCAGUACGAUAAGACUACAAAGACCGGAGGAUUGUUCACGGGGAUGAUGAACAAGUUUAUCUCCGUGAAACAGCAGGCGUCCGGGUGGCCCGCACACUGCUCUAGCCAGUCUGACAGGGAGCGUUAUAUUGAGCAGUUCCUCGAGAGGGAAGACGUCAAGCUGGAGUUUGCGGAGAUCGUGGAGAACCCCGGGCUACGGUCUCUCGCAAAACUCAUCUUGAACAGCUUUUGGGGGAAACUUGGACAGAGGGAGAACCAGCCCAAAACAUCCAUCGUGAGAAACCCCGCGGAAUUCUUCAGCAUGCUCACCAACCCCAGCAUCUACGUUAAUUCAGCGCUCCCGAUCAACGAAGACACUCUCGUCGUCAAUUGGGAGCACAAGGAGGAGGCCUACGACCCGCUCACUACUGUAAAUGUCGUCAUCGCAGCGUACGUCACGACUCAAGCCCGUCUAAAGCUGUAUAGUUACCUAGAACAGCUGGGCGACCGAGUGCUGUAUUACGAUACGGACUCUGUCAUUUACGUCUCCCGAGACGGAGGGUACGACGUACCCACAGGAGAGUUCCUAGGCGAUAUGACAGACGAGUUGGAAGGGUACAGAUCCGGAAGUCACAUAACCGAGUUUGUCAGCGGAGGGCCCAAGAACUACGCAUACAAGGUCUUCUCCACCAGAGAUAACGAGGAGAAGGUCGUGUGUAAAGUUAAGGGUAUAUCCCUUAAUUACACAGCCUCACGACUUGUAAAUUUCGAUAUCAUAAAAGAUAUGGUGUUUGACACUUCCAUCAGCCCCGUAUGCGUGGCCUCAAGAAACAUCUUGAGGACCAAGGAGCACGAGGUGAUAACCGUACAGCAAACCAAGCUAUAUAAACCUCUCUCCGUAAAGAGACGGUUCCUGGACGGCCACAGCUCGGUGCCCUACGGAUGGAAAAGACCUAAGCUUUAA